AUGGAGCAGACCAAAGCUCUUAAUGCUCUUGAGCCCUUUUUGGCCCUUAGCAAAUCGGCCACAUCCCCACGGGCUGCCGCCGACUUGGUCGUGCGGGCGACCUCAGCGCCGAACACCUUCAUCUUCACCGAGCUGCUCCAGACUCCUCAACUUCAGGCUCUCAGCUCAUCCGAGGAGUUCUCGCCAUACUUGACCGUCUUGCAAAUCUUCAGCCAUGGCACCUACUCCACAUACACCUCAACCGCCGGCCUUCCUGAGCUCAACGAUGCCCAACGCCUGAAGCUCCGCCAGCUCUCCCUCCUAACUCUCGCCAAGAAAGACAGUACUACCAGCAACCCCGGCUCUCCAGCGCUGGACUACGCCUCGCUCCAGACGGCCCUCGAACUUCCCAGCCCCCAGGCUCUCGAAGAGCUCGUAAUCAGCGCCAUCUACGCCGGCCUCAUCAAAGGGCAGCUCAACCCGAAGGCGUCCCGCGUACAGAUCAGCAGCGUCUCCCCACUCCGCGACAUUGCCCCCACGGCGAUCAGCGGCCUGCUCUCGAGCCUGCAAGCCUGGGCCGGACGGUGCGAAGCCACGUUGGAAUCCCUGUCCUGCCAGAUGACGCAACUCCGCGCCGAUGCCGACCGGCGCGCGGCGCUCGCGGCCGCCCGCACGCGUGACAUCGAGAUGCUGGUUGAGAAGGAAAAGGGUGGGCAAGCCCCUCGUCAUCUCUCAUUGCCUUCACUUACCGCUGCCGCUGCCGCUGCCACUGCCGCCAACGCCAACGCCGACGCCUCUAUCACUUCUCAUCUCCGCAACAAGAACACCCGCAACUUCCACGACCCCCACACCCACACCCACACCCGCGACCCCGGCCCAGUCCUACAUCGGGACAACACCCGCGGCCGCGGCGGCGGCAGCAGCAGCAACAACAACAGUCUAUCCAAUACCAGCACCACGAACAGCGAGAUGAACAACGUGCUGACGGUUGGUGGUGGCAGCAGGUCCCACACUCCCAACGUCUCUGAGCCAAGCGCAGGCCCAGCCGACAACGGGGCCACGGCGCAGCUUCAAGUAAGGGCGGCGAAGAAGCGCGGCAGCGAGCAGAUGGAUGGCGAUGGGGCCGGCAUUGAGGAAGAUGCCAUGGACGUAAGUGAGAAAGGGGAUGGGAUGGGCGAGUAA